AUGUGUGACUCUAUCUGCCACAAACCCGUCUAUCCGAUCCUCGCAGAGCAAACCUUGCGACCAGUUCGGCCACUUCCAAUUCGAAGCAUUCAGGAGAAGCGCAUUUACGAGUUCGUUGGUGGGCAGUUCUCUUCCGACAACCUUUCUUCUCUUCUAUACGCGGGUCGCCUUAACACACAACCUCAUGUUCAGAUCAAGUGCUGGUCUCCAGCAAACGGAACACGGCCCACAUUCAACGAAGCUUGCUCGCAGACAUUCAUGCCAUGCCAGGUGGGCGAAAAGUUCGGACCAAGCUGGUCAAACCACUGGUUGAAGCUCAUUCUGACUGUCCCAGAUGAGUGGAUGGAUCUUGACGAUGUUGAGCUCGAUUUUGACGUCAGCUGUGAGGCCCUCAUUUACGAUGAUCAGGGCAACCCGCUUCAAGGCUUUACUGGGGGACAGGAGUUCGAUCGCCGCCACGACUUUCCGCUUCCCAAGGGUAAUCAUGCACGUGUGAGUGCCAUCUACUACAUCGAACUCACCGGAAACGGAAUGUUUGGCAUUCAUGGCAAAGAUACAAGAUAUUACGACCUGGGCGUCGGUUCCGACCCCGAUCCUAAUCGCUUCUUUGAACUCGCCAAAGUGGAUAUCGUGCUCAAGCGGAGGGAGGCCUGGGAUCUGAUGUAUGACUUUAUCACUCUUCAGCAAUGCGUUGAGGAGCUUCCCAAGGACGGCAUCCUUCAAAACAAGGCCCUGUUCAUUACCAACGAGAUCAUGAACACAUUCCGAAAGUCUGACCUAUCCAGUAUCUCACGUUGUCGGCAGCUCGCUCAGGAAGUUUAUGGCGAAGCUUGGUCCUCUUCGCCUUCUUCUUUUCUUUCCGGAGAUGCAGAUAAGAAGAACAAAGACAAAAAUGCGGUGAUUUGGAGUCUUGGGCAUUGCCAUAUCGACUGCGUGUGGUUGUGGAGCUUUGACGCAGCACAACAAAAGGUCGCACGCUCGUGGACAACACAGCUAGCGCUUAUGGAGCGCUAUCCAGAGUACUGUUUCACUGCAAGUUCCGCGCAGCAAUUCAAAUGGAUCGAGACCCUCUACCCUUCUCUCUUCCAGCGAAUAAAGCAAAAGGUUAAAGAAGAACGCUUUCAACCGAUUGGAGGCUUAUGGGUCGAGUGCGACGCAAACAUGCCAAGUGGCGAGUCCUUUGUCCGCCAGCUUCUCUAUGGUCAGCGAUACCUACAGUCACGAUUUGGCUUCAAGAGCAAUAUCUUCUUCCUUCCUGACUCGUUUGGCUACAAUAGUCAGAUUCCACAGCUAGCACGUCAAGCCGGUUGUGAUUAUUUCUUUACACAAAAGCUCUGCUGGAACAGAACCAACACAUUUCCGCACUGCACCAUGAUGUGGACGGGCCUGGACGGUACCCAGAUCGUAUUUUCACAAAGUUCCAUCCCUAACUACAACAGCCGCUGCGGCGUCAAUGAUCUGCUCAAAGGCAUCAGACGCAAUCCUGAUCUUGCGGUCCAGCCUACCUGUCUCCACCUCUUCGGAUUUGGCGAUGGUGGAGGUGGAGCAAGCCCCGAGCAUCUCGAAAGGCUCCGUCGUGCAAGAGCAUUGAGUGACAAUGGCUAUGCGGAGAUGCCCCGAGUCACCGUUGGUCGCAGUGCAAACGACUUCUUCGAACACCUGCUUGAAACGACACAGCAAGGAGAGAGAUUGGCCACAUGGAGCGGUGAAGUCUACCUUGAAUUUCAUCGUGGAGUCUACACGUCGCAGGCAGCCAUGAAGAAGUACAACCGCACAGUCGAGCUCAUGUUGCACGAUCUCGAGUGGCUAUGCACUCUGGCAGCCAUUCACAGUAGACAGGUGAUGUACAAGUAUCCUCAUGACAAGCUAGCGGAGAUAUGGGAGCCAUUCAUGCUUAGUCAGUUUCAUGACUGUCUCCCGGGGAGCUCGAUCAGGAAAGUGUACGAGGAUAUGGAAAAGGUCUAUGCUCAGCUUUCUGUCAAGAUCAAGGAGAUGCGAGACGAAGCAGUUGCGGUACUGCUGGACACAGCAAGUGACAAGACUUUCAGCGAUUUCAUCCUUGCAGCUCCGAACACACUCUGUAUCCCUCGUCGAGAGAUACUAGAGAUGAAAGAGGCUAACAUGACGCCAAUUGCAGCGCCGACACUCGCUUUGCAGGAUUUACAAGACAGUAGAACCUUGAUCCUUCUCGAAGAUGUCGAGGCAACGGGUGUGCUCAAAUGUGUCUCGUCGCCGCUAGCUCCAGCAGCCAUGAGUACGGUUUCAGCAGUCCAAGCAGGUAGCACUUUCGUUCUCGAGUCCAUCGACAUGUGCGUUCGAGUUUCAGAUGGACGCAUCCGCUCCAUCUUUGACAAGAUUGAAGGUCGCGAAAUCCUUGCUUAUGGACAGUCUGCUGGAUUCUCACUGAGUCAAGACUAUCCACCAGAGUUUGACAACUGGGAAGUCGAAGUCUACUCGCUCGACACAGUGGAGCAGCUCGAAUUUGAAUUUGUUACCGUUACUGAUACAGGUCCUUACCGCGCCAGCCUGACCGCGACUCUAUCGAUCGGCGAAGCAACGUCGUUGUCCGUCAACAUUUUCAUGGAUGCACUACCUCUCAUUCCCGCCCUUACUGCAGGCGAGCGGCCGCGCACCGCUAUUCAAUUUCGCACUUCGAUCCAGUGGCAGGAAUCGCACCGCUUCUUACGCUGGCAAGUACCAACCUCAAUCCGAUCCGACCUGGCUAGCUAUGAAAUGCAAUUUGGACACGUCACACGUCCCACGACCCGGAACACUACGUGGGAAGCCGCCAAGUUCGAAGUGUGCGGACACAGAUUUGCCGACUUGUCGGAGCCCAACUAUGGGCUGGCGAUACUGACACAAUGCAAAUACGGAUACUCGGUCGAAGGUGGACUGAUGCGGCUGUCGCUGCUGAAAGCGGGUGCGUAUCCGGACUCAAAGAUGGACAGGGGCAAGCACACGAUCGACUUCGCGCUGUAUCCGCACCGUGGAACUUUGUUGGAUGGCAACGUGGUAGAUGUGGCCAGGGUGUACAACGCCAAGCCAGUCCUGGAGGCUAUGCUUAUUACAGGUCCGAAAUCUAUGAGCAGUUUCGAAUGCCCUUUGAGGGUGGUUCAAGACUUAACGUCACUACACAGCAAGGUGGUUCUGGACACGAUCAAGAUGGCUGAGCCGGCGUUGAUAGCCUCAAACAAAUGUGGUCAAGAAAGAAGCAAAACGAUGUUAUGUAGGCUGUACGAAGCUUUCGGAACCCGAACCAAGGUGACGUUGGAAUGCGAUUUGCCGGUCAACAGGGCGAGCAUAACCAACCUUCUCGAAGAGGAACACGUUGAGGAGAGCAUUGAUUUAUUCUCAGAAGGGAGGCUUCGAGCCAUACUCCACUUCAGACCGUUCGAGUUCAAGACGAUUCGUAUCGAGUUGCGCUAA